CAACAAACAACACCUCUUUGUCAUAAUCAAUGGCCAGUUUCACAUCAACAGAUCCAACCUCCAAGGAGACACAGCCAUCAAACAUACGGCACAGACUAAAACUAACCGCAAGUUUGGUCUUGACACGGCCCGCCAUGGAGUCUGCGGCUGGGGCCUCAAACGCCCUGGUGCGUAAGAGGACCGACACAGAUCUGAUGCCGCCUCCGCCGCCAGCAAAAAAGAUCAAGAGGCCCAAGAAAGUGCUGGAUGAGGAUACGUACACAGAGGCGCUAUCACAGAUUAUCGCCAGGGAUUUCUUUCCCGGCCUUUUAGAGACGCAGAUUCAGCAGGAGUAUUUGGAUGCGAUGGAGUCGAAAGAUGCUGCCUGGAUAUCAAGCGCCAGCCGGAGACUUCGACACGUUAUGACCCCUGGUCGGAAACCCACAAGAGCCUCUUCAUCAAUCAACAUCACAAAUGGCAACAGCACUCCCACUAGCUAUGUUGGCGAUACACCAGCGUCCGUGGCAAUAAGCGUCGCGCAGGCCAAACCGGGGCUGGAUCUCAACUUGAGCUUGUCCACAUUUCAGGCCACCUACACUAGUGAAGAUAAUGAGAGCUUCUACAAACUAAUCGACAAGCAAAACCAGAAGAGGGCCGAUAAAUACGCCUGGCUCUGGCGCGGAAAUAAGCUUCCUUCGAAGCAGAUGAUUAAACAGAAAGAGGUCACCGACAGACUGGAACAGACGCGGAGUCUUGUUGACGAUGGAUUUAAGAGAGAUUUGUUGGCCAUCAGGGAUGUCGAAGAGCGGCCUGCACGACCGGACUCAUGGAAGGCAGCCCCACGGAAUGGCCUCAUGUUUGAGCCAGAGGGCCUCGAAGACGGGGUUAAGACGAUUGCCGAGAGCGCGGAGGAGCAGUCUCGCAUGGCGCCAAGAUCGAUUAGCUAUGAGAAUACGAGGAUGCCGCAACCUCAUGUGCCACAGCGACCUCCAUCCCCAACCAUGUCGUCAGUACGCGAUGCUAUUGCUGGAAAGCCACGACAGCAAGAUCUCGACUCUAGCAUUGUGGGCGGUGGUGAAACCCCGCGAGUGAAUGGGUACGCCUUUGUCGAUGACGAAGACGGUGACGACGACGCAUCCAUCAAGAUGCCUGCACCUAUCAAUCUAGGACCCGGGGAUGCGACAAACCCUUUCAAGAUUCAAGAUCAGAGGGAGCGAGAGCUCCUCCACGAGCGAAUGGUGGAGCGAAUUUCCAAGUCCAAGAGCGAGUCUCAGCGGAGAGGGUUCACGGGCAAGGCCAGUCAGAUGGAGACACCGAGAUUCACCAGUGGCCCGAGAGUAUCGGGAGGCUUGACACCGGCCGCCCAACGACUAUGGAACAAGAUGGCGACCCCGCUGAGAGGCAAAGCAGCCGAUUCCUUUGGACAAGCAACACCAAGGAAACCCAAAGGCUCGCUUUUGAGGAGCGUCAGCAGAGUGCCCCCCAAAUCAAAUUAAUGUGGCUGUUUUCGUUUCGGAAUUGUUGCAACAUUAUUCAUUUUACCUAUACAUGUUUUAUUCUGGAGAGAGCGAUAUAAGGAUAUCGGUGGUGUUUUGGAAACUGGAUUAGCAAGGCGUCGUGACGAGGAACAGUCACAUGAAAAUUUAUACAUCAAAUUUGUUGACCAGAAGGGAACUAUAGAGAGAGUCGAGGAAUUCAUAAGGAAUCGAUUAUGCAGAUAUUCAUUUAUUCGUAUAUCGAUAUUAAUUUCACUUUAUCAUCUAUUGGUAAUCUACUUUAGAUCGCAUUCCCAAGCGCGCAG